UCAAAGAUUUUUAAGGAGUCGUCUACGAUGUCAUCUUCAUCUCCAACCAAAUCCAACAAACCCCAAAUCACUUUUUCACGCAUAUUAAUUUUCUCAUGGCCGGCUCUUUUGUAGCCAGUGUUGUACCUUCGUACCAAGUGUUCCUCAAUUUCCGAGGAGAAGAACUUCGUCAUACCUUCAUCAGCCAUCUAGACAAGGCCUUGAGGGAGAAAAAUAUCAAUGUCUUCAUAGAUGAAAAUGCGGCAAAAGGCGAGAAACUAAAUACCCUUCUCGAGAAAAUCGAAGAGUCAAAAAUCGCACUGGCUAUUUUCUCCCAUCGGUACACAGAGUCCAUUUGGUGCUUGAACGAGCUAGUUAAGAUAAAAGAAUGCAUGGACGAAGGCAAUCUCGUGACCAUUCCCAUCUUCUACAAGUUGAGUCCAGAUAUCGUUAAACAUCAAAAAGGAGCGUUCGGUGAUGCGUUAAGAGAGAAUGCUGGUGAAGACUCUGAUGACCGAAUGAAGAAAUGGAAGGAGGCUCUAAAAUCUGUUUCUGAGCUGAUAGGCUUGACGUUUGACGGGAAUAGAAACGAGAACAUGUUCAUUGAUGAUAUAGUCGAAGGGGUUUUAAAAGCUCUAAGAAAAGUAUCACCAGACAAAAGCACCAGGAGAUCCUCGUAUCACUCACAGAACACUGAAGAUCACUCUAGAGACGCAGAGACAGAAAAAUACGGACUCAAACAACGCCUCAACGAAUUGGAAGACAAGGUCAACAUUGAGAAAGAGGAGACUCGUAUUAUCGGAAUUGUUGGGAUGCACGGCAUUGGCAAAACGACACUGGUGAAGGAGUUCUACAAGAAGUGGAAACGCAGGUUCCUGAGUCGUGGCUUGCUCCAAGAUAUAAGUGAUAUUGUCAAGUUCGAUGCAUCAGGCCUGAACUGCAACCUGCCGGGGAUGCUCUUGAAGAAGUUGCUAAAAUAUCACGACAUAGACGAAGAAGAGAGAUACGAGCUUUACAAGGAGGAGCUAGUUAAACGUAAAGUUUUUAUUGUUCUUGAUGGGGUGAAUAGCAAGAGGCAGAUAGAAGUUCUUCUCGAGGGUCACCAUGAAUGGAUUUUGAAAGGCAGCAAGAUUUUAAUUGCAACAAGCGACCAGUCAUUGCUACACGAUCUGGUUGAUGAUAUUUAUGUAGUCCCCCAGUUGGACUACAGAGAGGGGUUAAACCACUUUCAUCAUUAUGCCUUUGAUCAUGACAAAGAUGAUAAGGAAACUUUCAUGAAGCUGUCUGAAGAGUUUGUGCAUUACGUGAGGGGCCACCCACUAACUCUCGAGCUAUUGGGUCAAGAGCUUCGUGGGGAACCCCUGGACUACUGGGAAGAAAAACUGAAGUCACUUGCACAGAGUACCAGCCAAAGCAUUCGUGACCGUGUCUUGCAAGUAAGUUACGACGAGCUGAGUCAAGAGCAGAAGGAUGCAUUUCUAGACAUAGCUUGUUUCAGAUCCCACGAUUUGUCCUAUGUAAAAAGCGUACUGGAUUCUUCAUCUGGUUCCCAAGAGACUAAUAUAAUCAAGGCUCUCGCGGAUAAGUUCUUGAUAAAUAUCUCUGACAGCAGCCGAGUAGAGAUGCAUGAUCUUCUUUAUACUUUCGCCACAGAGACCGACUCGAAAGCUGGCGUAAAAGGGCGACAUCAACGCGACAUAACGAAAGUGCUGCAGAACCAGAAAGGACCCAGUGGCAAUAAUGUCAAAGCCAAAGGUAUUUUUCUUGACUUAUUUCACAUGAACAAGGAAAGGGCCUUAUGCAAGGAGCACUUCAAGAAGAUGCGUGAUCUCAGAUACCUCAAACUCUACAGUUCUCACUGUCCUCAAGAAUGUAAUCCUGACCACAAGAUAUACCUCCCAGAUAAACUUGAUUUCCCAUUGGAAGAGGUUCGAUGUUUACAUUGGCUAAAGUAUCCUUUACAGGAACUUCCACAUAAUUUCAACCCUAAAAAUCUAGUCGACCUUAAGCUGCCUUACAGCAAAGUUGAACACAUUUGGGAUCAUAAGGAUGCACCGAAACUAAAGUGGGUUGAUCUUAAUCACUCAAGCAAGUUGAAGACCUUGUCAGGGCUAUCAAAAGCUCAAAAACUACAAAGACUGAACCUUGAAGGCUGCACGGCGCUGGAAACAGUGGAUCCUGAAUUACAAAGCAUGAAAAGUCUUGUCCUCCUGAAUCUGAAAGGCUGCACGGCCCUCGAGUCUUUUCUUGAUACCAAAUGUGUGCCACUAAAGACACUCAUCCUCAGCAACUGCUCAAAACUCAAGAAUUUUCUUGUGGUUUCAGAAACACUAGAAGCUCUAUACUUGGAUGGCACUGCAAUAACUGAACUUCCUACGACCAUGGUGAGGCUCGUCAUAUUAAGCGUGAAAGACUGCAAGAUGCUGGAGAAACUUCCCCAAGGAUUUGACAAGCUCAAAGACCUGCAAGAACUAGUAUGCUCUGGCUGUUCAAUCCUCAGUAUUCUCCCUGAUGAGAUGGAGAACAUGAAUUUCUUGCAGAUUUUACUGCUUGAUGGGACAUCAGUAACAAAGAUUCCUACCAUAUCCUCACUUGAGCGUUUAUCACUGUCCGGAAAUGGCAAAAUCAUCUGCCUUCCGGAGAACAUCAGCCAGCUAACGAAACUGAAAUGGCUGGACUUGAAGUACUGUACAAAACUUUUAUCUAUCCCAGAGCUUCCACCAAACCUUCAGUACUUAGAUGCUCACGGGUGCGAGUCGCUAAGAACAGUUGCAAAUCCACUUGCUACUCGUUUGCGAACGGAGCAGAUUCAUUCCACAUUCAUCUUCACCAACUGCCGCAGAUUGGACCGGACUGCAAAGGAGGAGAUCACAUCCUACGCUCAAAGGAAAUGCCAAUUGCUAUCAGAUGCACUAAAACGCUGCAGUGAGGGUUUUGUUCCAGAGGCUUUGUUCAGCACUUGCUUUCCCGGUUGUGAAGUACCUUCAUGGUUUUGCCAUGAAUCAGUUGGAUCUGUGUUAAAGGCUGAACUUUCCCCACAUUGGAACGAAAAUAGGUUUGUUGGGAUAGCUUUAUGUGCAGUCCUAUCAUUUCCAAACAGCCAAGAACGCAUCAACUCUUUCUCGGUUACAUGCAAGUUCAACCUAAAAUUUAAAGAUGGGCCAGGGAUCUCGUUCGAGCGCCUGGUUGGAAGUUGGAACAGACAUGGCAAGAAAUCAGAUAAGAUGGCAUCGGACCAUGUCUUUAUUUGCUAUAUCAGAUGCUCGAACAACAUCAAAUGUCUUGAAGAGCAGCAGGGGUUGGGUGCAUGUACUCCAACUACAGCUUCCCUUGAAUUUGGUGUCACAGAUGAGGAAGCUAGACUAGAGGUGCUCAAGUGUGGCUUAAGAUUGGUUUAUGCAUCUGAUGCAAACAAUGACGCAAGUUCAACCCAAAUAAGGAAUGGCGGUUUCACGACUGGAUCAAAUGGCAUCCAAAACUAAUCAAGUAUAGCUCUUCAUCUUCCGAUACAACUAGCCGUGUCGUGUCUUCAAGUAUCUGCUUCAGCCCAAAACAAUUUUCCUCAAGACGCAAGGCUCGCUUUAUCGAAGAACCCUUUGUGUAUGUCUCCGGUCAACAUAUGUAAUUCUCUAUGUAUCUUCAGGUCAAAGGUAGGACUUUAGAUUUCAAGGAUGUUACCUUAGAGUUGAGAACUUUACUUCAUUGAACGAUUUGGGAUGGCGCAGACCGAUCAAGUUACAGAAGAGACGCUACGAGUGAGUGUUAUAGAGUUAGUACUUUUGCCCAUUUUACGUGAAAAUUCACUUCUGUUUUAACCGGUCUAGAGAGAUCCAAGCUCUCAUCCCUUGAAUUUGGUUAAGAGUUCUGUUCGGUUCGGCUAAGAAUUCGUUCAAUUUGGCAAAAAAAAAGAGUAAUA